AUGCUUCUCGUCGGCCUCGCGGUUGCCGACAAUCAGGAUCGCAAGCGGGACGGCACGGGCAACCAGGACCGCGACAGGAAGCGCGACGGCUCGUGCGCCAAAUCCGGCACGUGCAGCGGCAACAAGAACGGCGGCAACCCCGGUGGUCGCGGCGGCAAUGGCGCUGGGAGGGGGAAUCAGGGGAAGAAAGGCACGGGGACUUGCAACAAGAGCGGCUCUGCGAGUUGCGACGGCAGCGGGCGGAAGAACGCGGUGAUGGGGAGCGCGAAUGCGGUGACGGCUGCUGACGUGGACGUGCAGGCGUGUGACGGGCCGAAGCAAGCGGGAAAGCUGAUGAGCGGAUUGCGGAAGAGCGGAUUCACCAAGUUCGCCGCGGCGCUGCAGCAGACAGCCUCCGCCUUUCCUUCUCCCACUCCCUACGCCAUCAGCCACCCCACCUGUCAUCUCACUUGUCAUUUCACAUGCCCUCUCACCAGCCAUUCCCAUGUGUCCCAUGCCUCACAUCAUGCCUCACCAGGUUUGGCGGCGGAGUUCCCAGACGUGAUGUGUGCGGGCGGAGUGACGCUGCUGGCCAUUCCUGAUGCGGCGAUGGGACAGCUGCCCCCACCGGUGCGAGGGGAUGCACUGAUGCUGAGGGAACAGCUCAUGCUGCACGUUGUCAAGGGCGCCCGCCCCUACGCGCGCAUGCAGGCUCGUGGCAAGAACUACAAGUUUGCGUGUGCGGCAGGGGCGGGGGCAGGGCGGCUGGUGAAGGCGAGCCAGGGCAGCGCGGCGCUGGUGCUGCGAGUGGGCAGGGGGUGGGGACAGGCAGCAGGAGUCACGCGCCCCGAUGCCUUCCAAUGCACGGGGGGGGCGGUGCACGGAGUGAACUGCGCGCUGGGCUUGGGGCGCAUGGGCAGGCCCGCCAGGCGCGUGCCUCUGGGGCAGUGCCUGCGCAACGGGAGGGACGAGGAUGAUGACUAG